AUGAAACGGAGAAUUACCUUCAUUCAGGGUACAGAGAGCCCCUUCGAGCCCCACCAGGCCGUCCUGUCCUCUUCGACGCUAUCAGUUCGCGCUCUCGAAGCGGCGCGGGAGGACCGCAUUACCUUCGACCUCAGCGACCUUCCAGAGGAGGUUCGCACAGUCCUUGAGAAAUCCCACGAACUCCGCCUCCGCUGGGCGUCCGAACACUCCUAUGACGCCGUCCCGCCCUUCCCCAGCAGGAUCUCGCCCGGUUUACAUGUACACUACACGCCCUUAGAAGCAGAUAAGUCAUCGCAAGGGCUGUGCUCGUUUCUCCGCAAGGCGUUCGGUACUGAAGAGGGGCAAUAUGCUGUGAAUUGCGCCAGACCUCAGGACGCCUUCAUUACGCCCCCGCUUCUAUCAACGACGAUACACGCUGCCUCGGCCCCCCUUCAAUACUACACAGAGCUCCCAAGCCUCAAAUCUCUUGUCGCAUUUAUUCGUCGGUUGGCUUGUCACCAGCUUCAAGCUGGUGGUGCUGAGUGCCACGGCCGCGCAGAUUCCCUCCUUACCGCCGACGCCGUCGACAUCGACUAUGACAACGCUUCGCAUACAUUAAGGGUGACAGGACUAUGGGCCAGCGCCCCCACGGGUGGCUGGACGGAAGAUAUUCACAAGCCGAGCUCGGAUGAAGAUCAGGUUGAGUUCGGGCUCUUGGGUGUAGAGCAAGCGAUUCAUGCCAAGGACAUCAAGAUGGGCGGCUUGCUGGCUGUUGUCGGUAAAGAUAAGAAGCUAAAGCCCACAAUGUUCUCGUUCCCAUCGCGGCAUCACUCUCUCCCCAUGGAAGCCAGCUAUACUGUCUCCUUCAACAAGCCAACUGGCUUACACCCAACGAUGGCAAUCACCAUGUCACGCUCUGCUCUUCAUCGACCACCUGCACCAGAAGAGGCAACCUGUGCUCUAUACACAUACCUCACUCUCCCAUCAUCUGUAUUCGGUGAUCAGUACCAACUCGGCACCACCGACCCCCUCUUCCUGCAAUCUCACAACCUAGUCGCCCUCCGCGCCCAUGCCGGCGAAAUGGAUCUCGAGGCACCAGAUUGGGCCGUGCAGGCCUGGGGCUCGACCUGGCUCUUUGAGCUCUCCACACCCGAGCACAAACCCGCAGACGCAGCCUCGAACUGGACCGCCACCAUCCCGUUGCACCUACGAUAUCUGCGCCCGUCUGAGUCCGGAUACCGCGCCGCGCAUGUACCCUGGCCCAUCAUUUUCUGGGCCUGCACGCCAGACGAUGACUCCACGAUGGGCGUUAACCCUUUUGACCGUACCAGUCUAGGCUGGGACGAACUGUUCGCGCCGUCGACCAUGUUCUACCAGCUUCAUCCGCAAACUGAGCAACUCGUCGAGAAAAUCGAUGUCCCCGUUCUGCAGCUCAAAGAUAGUGACGGUCUGUUCCAAGCACGAAAUAUCGAGCUCGGCACCUCCGCUGUCAUUGUCCUUGGUUUCUUAUGGGUACUAUGGCGGCUUUUUCGGGUUUCUUUCUCGCGCGGCUCUACGCGGAACGAGCGUGUUCAUGAUAAGAAGGAAUAG